AUGCAGCUCCUUCUCGUCCUCGUCUCCCUGUUCGCCCUCGUGGCCCAGGCCGUCUCCCCGAAGCCCGUGGCCCCGGCCGUCCCCCCGAAGCCCGUGGCCCCGGCCGUCCCCGCGGAGCGCCUCCAGAAGCGCUCCAUCACCUGCGGAAGCACCACUUACAGCGCCGCCCAGGUCAACGCCGCCUCCAACGCCGCCUGCAACCACGUCAGGGCCGGCACCGUCACCCGCAGGACUCCCUAUCCCCACCGCUACGACAACAACGAGGGCUUCAACUUCCAAGUUCCCGGUCCGUAUUACGAGUUCCCCCUCAAGGCCAGCGGCAUCUACCACGGACGCAACCCCGGUCCCGACCGUGUUAUCAUCAACGCUUCUUGCGAACAGGCCGGCCAGGUCACCCACCAGGGAUCCACCGGCAGCGGUUUUGUCGGAUGUUCCGGUACCUCGUAA